GGCAUCCAUGAGGAAAUGUUGAAAGAUGAGGUUCGGACAAGGUCCUACAUGAACGCGAUUUUACAAAACAAGCAUAUCUUCAAGGACAAGAUCGUGCUGGAUGUGGGCUGUGGUACCGGCAUUCUCUCCAUGUUUGCGGCCAAGGCCGGCGCGAAGCACGUCAUUGGCGUGGAUAUGUCGACCAUCAUCUUCAAGGCGCGCGAGAUCGUAAAAGUCAACGGCCUGUCCGACAAGAUCACGCUGAUCCAGGGCAAGAUGGAGGAGAUCAAGAUGCCCUACCCAGAAGUCGACAUCAUCAUCUCCGAGUGGAUGGGGUACUUCCUCCUGUACGAGAGCAUGUUGGACACGGUGCUGUACGCCCGCGACAAGUACCUGGCUAAGGACGGCCUAAUCUUCCCUGACAAGGCUACCAUCUUCGUCGCUGGUAUUGAGGACGGCGACUACAAGGAGGAGAAGAUCGGCUUCUGGGAUAAUGUCUAUGGCUUCGACUACUCCCCCCUUAAAGAAACCGCGCUCUCGGAACCCCUCGUCGACACGGUCGAGCUGAAAGCCGUCGUAACCGACCCAACCCCCAUCCUCACCCUUGACCUUUACAAAGUCAACCCGUCCGACCUCUCGUUCAGCUGCCCCUUUGACCUGACAGCGCGCCGCGACGACUUUAUCCACGCGCUCGUGGCGUGGUUCGACAUUGAGUUCACGGCCUGCCACAAGCCGAUCCGCUUCUCGACGGGCCCGCACACCAAGUACACGCACUGGAAGCAGACCGUCUUCUACCUCAAGGACGUGCUCACGGUGCAGCAGGGCGAGAAGAUUGAGUGCUCUCUGCACAACCGCCCCAACGAGAAGAACAAGCGCGACCUCGACAUCAAGAUUGAGUAUAACCUCGCGACCGAGGACCCCAACCGCCAGGCCAGCGGGACCUGUCUGUACAAGAUGUGCUAGGCGCAGCCUUGGAAGGGUGACGUGCCGGACGAGAUAGAGUGGCUGAAGAGGGCCGUGGAGGGAUGGCUUGAUGACUUCCGGAAGCUCAUCUUGGCAUUCGCCAUGUGGACUGCGUCGCAACUGGAUCGCCACGACUAGAGAAGGUUCAAACUGGCGUUUUUUUUUUUU